AGCCAUGAGCCGAAGUCGCCAUCUCUAGGAAUGCUCUCCACCACCACCCGCACCACUGCCACCAUCAGCCCCCUCACCCUAUCGCCUCUCAACAGCUCCAUCGUCCCCAAUGGCAGCCCUGCAGCCAGCAGCACUUUGUCUGUCCAGGCUGCACCUUCCUCCAGCUUCGCCGCCGCGCUCCGCAAGCUCGCCAAGCAAGCCGAGGAGCCCAGAGGGUCGUCAAUUAGCAGCGAGUCAUCCCCCGUCUCCUCACCAGCCACCAACCACAGCUCCCCUGCCAGUACGCCCAAGCGUGGCCCCAUGGGCCCCAUCAUCAUGCCCCCGGGGGGACACAGUGUGCCCAGCACGCCACCUGUUGUCACCAUCGCCCCCACAAAGACAGUCAAUGGGGUCUGGAGGAGCGAGGGCAGACAGCAAGAAGCAGGGUCUCAAGGCAGCAGCAGCCGUGAGCGCCUCAUUGCAGAGCCCUCUCUCUCUCAGGAGAAAGUUGGGGGCCCUGCUGUCUCCUCCCACCUCCUGGGGACACCCUACUCCUUCGGGCUGGCCCCCAGCUCUGUGGUCCAGGACUCCCGCUUCCCACCUCUCAAUCUGCAGAGGUCGGUCCACCACAUGGUGCCUCCAAGUGUAGUCACCGAGGAUUACCUGCACAGCUUCCGUCCCUACCACACUGCCGAGGACCUCCACAUGUCCCCCCUACCGCCCCUCAGCCUGGACCCGGCUGCUGCUGCUGCUUACUACCAACCCAGCUACCUGACACAUCACCCUUUCACGCACCCUGCCUUCAGGAUGGAUGAGUCAUAUUGCCUGUCAGCACUGCGGUCCCCCUUCUACCCGCUGCCAGCGCCAGGCUCGCUGCCACCCCUGCAUCCCUCAGCCAUGCACCUGCACCUCUCAGGGGUACGGUACCCGGCUGAGCUCUCGCACUCCUCUCUCUCCAUCCUGCAAUCCGAGCGCAUCUCCAGCCUCACCACAGAGAGGCUGCGAAUGGAUGAGGAACUGCGGCAGAGGGAGCGGGAGAAGGAGCGGGAGCAAGAAGCUGACCACAAACGGGAGAAGGAGCGUGAAUGGGAGCAGGAACGUGAGAAGGAGCUGGAGCAAAAGCGGGAGAAGGAGUGUGAAUGGGAGCAGGAACGUGAGAAGGAGCUGGAGCAAAAGCGGGAGAAGGAGUGCGAACAGGAGCUGGAGAGGCAGCGAGAGCAUGCCCGGGAGAAGGAGCUGAGCAUGGUGAAAGCCAUGGAAGGGCCCUUCCUCCCAGUGGCUGAGCUGCACGGGCUGCGAGGACACCCGGUUGAGGAGCAGGGCAAGCCAGCGGAGCUGCCAGCACCUGUCAGACCAGAGAAACUCAAGGACUCAAUGCUGCCGAUGCCAAAGCCCAUCCAGCACCCACUGCCAGCCUCCCACCACCCCAUGCCCAGCCUCAUCCUCAACCACAAUGUGUUCCCGCUGCCAGGGAGCAGCGCAGCCACAGCACUGCUCAUCCACCGCACCAACGAGGAGGAGAAGUGGCUGGCCCGGCAGCGCCGGCUACGCCAGGAGAAGGAAGAUCGGCAAUCCCAAGUCUCAGAGUUUCGGCAACAAGUGCUGGAGCAGCACCUCGACAUGGGGCAUACCCCGAGCCAGUCUGAGCCUGUGCAUCGCCCUGAGCACCCCAGGUCAGGAUUAAGCCGCCAUGAGCUGAGCAGCCGGGAGCCAGGGCAGCACUUUGGCGGGCCCCCACCGCUCAUCUCCCCCAAGUCCCAGCACCACCCCAUCACCACAUCCCUCUGGAACCCCAUCUCACUGAUGGAGAACCCCCCUGAUCCCCCUCGGCGCCUCCCUGAGCCCCACACCCUCCAUGGCCACCUGGCCCCCUUUGAGCCCAGCUGUCAAGGCAUCCCACUGGUGAAGGUGGAGAGGGUCUUCUGCCCUGAGAAGCUGGAGGAGGCGGCAAGAAAGAGGGAUGCUCUGGAGAAACACCCUCCAGGACAGGAGCCUGGUGCCCCCUUCCUAGCUGAGCUGGAAAAGUCCACGCAGAGCAUCCUGAGCCAGCAAAGACCCCCAGCCACCCCCUUCGCCAAUGCCACCAAGCCCAGCUCACCCUACCGACGACCCCCCCAACCCCAUGCCCAGGACCCCAUGUACAUCUAUGAUGAGUUUGUGCAGCAGCACCGCAGGCUGGUCAGCAAACUUGACCUGGAGGAGCGCCGGCAGCGGGAUGCCCGGGAGAAAGGUUACUACUAUGACCUGGACAACUCUUGUGACGACAGUGAUGAGGAGGAGGUGCGGGCACAUCUCCGCUGCGUGGCCGAGCAGCCCCCGCUGAAGCUGGACACAUCCUCUGAGAAGCUGGAGUUCCUGCAGCUCUUCAGCCUGACCACGCAGCAGCAGAAGGAGGAAUUGCUGAGCCAGAAACGGCGCAAACGCCGGCGGAUGCUACGGGAGAGGAGCCCCUCGCCACCAACGGUGCAGAGCAAGCGCCGCACACCCACCCCGUGCCUCCUGCUCUCUACCCACUACAGCCCUGAUGAGAUGAACAACAGCCCCAACUUUGAGGAGAAGCAGCGCUUCCUCACCAUCUUCAACCUCACACACAUCAGUGCUGAGAAGAGGAAAGACAAGGAGAAGCUGGUGGAGAUGCUCCAGGCCAUGAAGCAGAAGACCACGCUGGCUGCCGUGGUGGUGAAGAACUCUCCCCGGGACAGCCCCACCACUGAGCUGCUGGUGCCGCCACUCCUGCUGGAUCCGGAUAAACCUGUGGGUAUUGCCGUCUCCGUGCCGGAGACACAGAAGAUGGCGGAACCCAGCAGGUUAGACCAGCUGAGACCCCAGGAGCUACCAAGGGCUAAGGAGACUGGCACCACACUGGCAGAGAAGCCCCAGCUGAGUGAUGGGCACCCUGGGAAGAAGGGACUGAGCAUCCUUGGCUAUGUCAGGGGUCCCCUCCCCAAGGACAUCCCGGUGCCAUUGUCCCACAGCAUGAAUGGCAAGAGCAAACCCUGGGAGCCCUUCAUCGCUGAGGAGUUUGCCCAUCAGUUCCACAAGUCCGUGCUGCAGUCCACCCAGAAGGCAUUGCAGAAGCACAAAGGGGGGACAGCGGAGCAGAUCCACAAGCUCGAUGCCUCCAUCCACUACAACAUCCCUGAGCUGCAGGCCUCCAGCUGCCUGGCUGCCCCCCCACACAACGGCACAGCUGAGGGGCUGCUGCCCCACCAGGCACUGCCCCUGCUGCCCCACGACUCAGACUCUGAGGAAGAGGAGGAAGAGUACCCCAGGCCCAAAUGGCAAGGGACUGAGGCAAUUUUUGAAGCUUACCAGGAACAUAUAGAAGAACAAAACCUGGAGUGCCAAGUGCUGCAGACCCAGUGCCGGAGGCUGGAGGCCCAGCACUACAGCCUGAGCCUGAUGGCAGAGCAGCUUUCACACAGCAUGGCGGAAUUAAGGACCCAGAAGCAGAAGAUGGUCUCGGAGCACGAGCGCCUGCAAGCUGAGCUGGAUCACCUGUGGAAGUGCCUUGCCUUGCCUGCAAUGCAAUGGUCUAGGGGUUAUUUCGAGGGGUAUCCCAGGUGA